GAAAGAGCAGUUAGGCAGAAAGGCCUUGAUCCAGCAAAGGCAGUGGCCAGCCACAGGGAAGAACACAAGGUCUCCAUUAUAGAAACCAUCUGCCAGAUAAAGGUCCUUGGAAUCUUGGGUUUCCGGAAUGAUUCCCAGGUGGACAGCAGUUCGACUGGUGGCCCAGGGAAGGAAUUUUGCUACAGCAGCUGGCCAUGAUGAAGGAUCCAGUGCUCGGACAUGGAAGAUUCUGAGCUUUGUGGUGGCACUUCCUGGAGUAGCCAUCUGCUGGGUGAAUGUGCAGCUGAAAAAGAAAGAGCAUUCGCAUGAACGUCCUGAGUUCAUUGCAUAUCCCCACCUGAGGCUUCGAACAAAGGCUUACCCGUGGGGUGAUGGAAAUCACUCUCUCUUUCACAAUCCCCGCACCAACCCACUGCCCACUGGUUAUGAAGACGUCUGACAGCCAUCACUGAACUCCUUUUCUUCUUCUUCUUCUUCCUAGCUUCCUCUCUGCUAGUGAGGAGAAAGAGUUACAGAUGUUUAAUGCAUCUAUGAGACAGAUUUCUAUGUCUGGAGUCAAUAAAAUGCAUUUCAAUGAAUGUA